UUAUCCCGGAGUGGGGGGGGAGCGCAUCCCUGUAUCCCUCUGUCUCGCAUCCCCGCCCGCGUCGCUCCCGCCGCCAUGGACGAGGAACGCGAGACUCUGCAGAGGAUUGUCAGUACUCUAGUGAACAAAAAUGAUGAAAUUCACAACUUCAUCGACAUGCUGAACCAUACAAUAUCAAAUGUUCAGGUAAACUCUUCCAAUGCAAUCAGUGAGCUGGAUGAAGAAUUUGAUGGUCUGUAUUCUGUAUUGCAUGAGAUGAAGGGGAGUAUGGCCAACACUAUCCAGCAAGAAGAGGCUCGUAAAAUUCAAGCUCUGCAGGAUCAGCUUAGCCAGUGCAGUCAUGCCCUGGAGAGUUCUGAAGAGCUGCUGGAAAUUGCUGUGCAGUCUCUGGACAUAAAGAACCCUGCAAAACUCUUAGAGGCUGCCAGACAGAUCAAAGAUAGUGUCACAGUGGCUUCAGCAUUCCGCCUCUCCCUGAAACCAAAAGUCAGUGACAGUAUGGCUCAUUUGAUGGUGGACUUCACUCUGGAAAAGCGCAUGCUUCAGGCUGUGAAGUUUUUGCCAGUCCCUAAAGCUCCAGAGAUAGAUGUAGCAGCAUGUAUGGUUGCUGAUAACUGCGUAACAGUAUCAUGGAGGAUGCCUGAAGAAGACCCCAGAAUUGAUCACUUUGUACUGGAGUACAGGAAAACCAACUUUGAUGGGCUCCCUCGACUAAAAGGUGAACAGCAUUGGGAAGUGAUCAACUACAUCAAAGCCACUCAAUACACGUUGUCAGGUCUGAAAUUUGAUACAAAAUACAUGAACCUUAGAGUACAAGCUUGCAACAAAGCUGUAGCAGGGGAAUACUCUGAUCCCAUAACUCUGGAAACCAAAGCAUUUUUGUUCAGUUUGGACAGUACUUCAUCUCACCUGAACUUGAAAGUUGAAGACACCUUUGUUGAAUGGGAUCCCACUGGAGGCAAAGGUCAAGAAAAAAUAAAAGGGAAGGAAAAUAAAAAUAGUGGCCAGAAUCCUCUGCUGAAGAGCAAUAGAAGAAGCAAUGCAGCAUCUCCGAAGAGAGCCACCAACAGCCCAAGAGCCUCGGCCAGGGGCAGCAGGGAUCGCUUUGCUGGUGAAUCCUACACGGUGCUGGGAGACACUGCUGUUGAGAGUGGACAGCAUUACUGGGAAGUGAGAGCCCAGAAGGACUGCAAAUCCUACAGCGUGGGAGUCACAUACAGAAACCCAGGGAAAUUUGACCAGCUGGGAAAGACUAAUUCAAGCUGGUGCAUCCAUAUCAACAACUGGCUGCAAACCACAUUCUCAGCAAAACAUAAUAAUAAAGCAAAGACUCUUGAUAUACCUGUUCCUGACAGAAUAGGAGUAUACUGUGACUUUGAUGGAGGUCAGCUCUCAUUUUACAAUGCAAACUCAAAGGCGCUGUUACACACCUUCAGGACUAAAUUUACCCAACCAUUACUACCAGGCUUCAUGAUCUGGUGUGGAGGUCUCACAGUGAGUACUGGAUUGCAGGUGCCAAGUGCUGUGAAAACCCUUCAGAAAAGUGAAAAUGGAUUGAGUGGCUCAACAAGUAGCCUAAACAAUGUUGCCUAGUAGUGUCUGUUAAACAUUUCUAUUGCUGAAUUUUGAUUUUUUUCUGUGUAGCUACUACUCACAGAAGCUUGUGAGCAUUGGAUUAAACUGGGUUUGCUACCUUCUGCUGUUUAGGGCCUGGGUACUGAUAGCGCAAAGGUUUGAGGCUAAAGUGUUAGGAACCUACUGGGAAUCCAGACAAAUGUCAGAAAACUGAACUGUUGCCUAUUUAAAAAAAAAAAAAGAAAUCAAAAGCUGUAACUGUGUACUUUUCUAAUACUGUAUUUAAUAAUUUUAUUAUGGACUCAAAUAUUAGUUUUGUUGCAGAUGUUAUUUUUCUAUGAAGAAUAUAGCAAAUACCAUUUUAUUAGCUCUCCUAAUACAACUUAUUUAAUUAUGUAUUUUAUUAUUACUAGGCUUCCUGUUAGAACUUGUGAUGUCAGACAUACGUUUUGAAAUAAUACUGAUUUGCUGGCUUAGCCUGGUAAAACAUCACAGCAGCAUGACUUCAGAAGAAUAUUAAAAGUAUCUGUAGGCCUGAUAUGAAGAAACAGUAAGAGCAGACUGUGAUUUCUUUUUUUCCCCUAAUAUAAGAUUUUCCUAUUUCCCAUGAGAAAUUCAUUUAAAAAUCAUGUAUAUUGAGAUUGGCUCCUGUUUGUCACAAAUUACAGAAAAUGUAACAAUGUAUAGGUAUUUAAAAGCAUUCUUAUGUCCUCAAUGAAGACACAUUAUGAUACCCAGUCAUGAGCCAGGAAAUAUUUUGGAGAAGAGGUUCAGAACCAAAAGAUCCAGAGCUUUUUUUUUUAAACUACAGGAUGAUACCAGUCUGUCAAAAGCUCUCAGCUUUGGGUCCUCUCUUGGCUUUUGAAAUGUUGAGCCAGGGUGUUCCAUCACCUUGGUUCUUAGUUGGAAGCUUAGUAACAAUAGUCAAAUCAUUCAUAAGAGAGAGAGCUAAAAAAAAAAGUAAAAAUCAUGUUACAUUCUUCAUGGAAAAUUUCAGCUUGUCAGUGAGAAUUACUGGUGUCAUAUAGAUUGUUUAAAUCUGUUUUCUUCCCUCUUAUCAAGUCCAGGAACCUAGAAAUAGUUUUCAGGUACACAUUUAAAUCAGCUGUUUCCUAACUGAAAAUUGUUUCCUGGUAUCACCUGAAAACUGUUGUGUAAAUUCAUGCUGAUAAGGGUCCAUAAUUAAUUGGCUCCUUUCCUACUGGGCCAAUGUACUUUUUUAUUUUAUGUGUAUCCUUUAGCCCAUAAAAAAGAUGAACAUCUAAUUAUGUUAAAUCUUAUUAUUAUCAGUGGUUCCUUUCUGUCCCAAUUUCUGUCCCAAUUUCUCAAGAGGAGGAGAAAUUUAACUUCUAAUAAAUUGGCUAUGGUGUUCAGUGGGAAGUUAAAAUUAACAAGAAAAUUAACUAUAAAGUUUGUGGGGUUUUUUUUUUCGGAAAUCAUGAAGUUGACAGGAUGGUUGAGCCCUUAGUGUUUAUUUUGCAUCUGGAACUUGAGCAUCUCUAAUUAUUUACAUUGUGAACAGUUACCUGUAAUCUCUUUUUGCAGAGAAGAGUACAAAAUAAUUCCCAGUUAAUCUCUACCUUCUCCUGCAAGUUCAGUGAUUGGGAUCUUGGGGCAAAGAUACUCAAAGGUGACAUGGUUCUUAGUUAACAGUGUCUGAAUCUGUUUCACGCAUUUUUCUGCAGAUGUUGUUAUCCCAAUAAUCUGUGUAUAAUCCUUUUCUUUUUACUGCAGUGGACACCUGACUGGGAGUUUUAGGGGAUCAGCUGCUGGGAAUUCAGUUUUGAGGCCUGUUCUUGUCUAGGACUGUGGUACACAGACAUCAGAACAGGCUGACAUCUCCUCACAGCACCCAGCCACUGGCUUGAUCUUGGGUGUUCAGCUGUAGUUCCUCUUUAAAUUUCCCUUUUUGGAAGGAAAGGGGAUGUUUACAACAAGCUAAUGUGUAGUAAGAGCAAACUAUGACUAAUCUCCAGCCCUAUGUAAGAGCAUUUAAAUUAUAAACUUCUUUUUUUUUUUAGCAAGCUGUAGUGCAACCUGCAAGGUGGAUUUGAUAUGCACAAAUGUAAAAAUGUAAUUUUUUCUUUAACAUUUAGUUAGAGAAAAGCUUGAAGUGUUUUAUACUGUGACUUGUGACUUGCAAGUUUUGGUUUAACUGAUGUCCUAGGUGAACAUAACAUGUGAUUUUUUUACCCUUAAGAGGAUGGAUUUGUUGUAUAAUAGUUUGCACAGAUGUCAAAUUUUGCUGCUAACAUCUAGUACAUUUUUUUUUUUUUUUUUAGUAAAUGGGGAUAUGAAAAAUUGCCUUAAGCACUUUA